UCUUUAUAUCUCACCGCUGCCUCCUUGUCUCACACCUUCCUUCGCCAACCAGUCUACACGUGCCAGUGCAUAUACAGGGAGUGCUAGCUAUUAGCUGCCUAGCUAGCUCACAUAGACACAUAAUCAUGGGCAACUCCAUUGGCGGGAAGCGGCGGAGGUCGGCGAGGGUGAUGACGGUGGACGGCGCCACGUACAAGUACCGCCCGCCAGCGGCGGCCGGGGACGCGCUGCGCGAUCACCCGGGCCACCACCACCUGCUCGAGUCGGAGGAAGUCCGCCGCCUGGGCGUGCGCGCGAGGCCGCUCGACCCGGACGCGCCGCUCAAGCCCGGGAAGCUCUACUUCCUCGUCGACCUGCCCAGGCUACAGCGCCGCCGCCCGCCCCAGCGCACGUGGUCCGGCGCGCUCCACUACGGCGCCGGCGCCGGGGAAAGGCUGGAGAGCCUGAUGCUGGCGCGGCGGUCGGCGUCCGACGUGGCGAUGUCGUCGUCGGUGCUGGCGGCGUCCUCCGUCGAGGCCGUCGGCGACGGCGCCGUGCGGCUGCGGGUGCGGCUACCAAAGACCGACGUGCAGCGGCUCGUCAAGGAGAGCCGCGACGCCGCCGACGCUGCAGAGAGGAUCAUGCAGCUCUGCGUCGCCCGCGACCAGCAGCAGCGACACCACCACCACCACCGGUCCGCGCCCGCCACGCCUCUCGUCGUGCCAGUGCCCGUGCCACCGCCGCUGCUGCCACCGGCGAUCGUCACGUCGUCGGCGACGAGCUCAUCGCGCAAGGAUUUCGAUGACAGCAAGCAGCCCGCGGCAACCGGCAAGAAAGAGAAACGGGCGAGGUUCGUGACGGUGCCGGACGAGAUCAUCGGCUUCUGAUCGCCGGCCGGCCGGCCGGCCGGCCUUUGCCGGGACGACGACGACGACUGGCGGCCGGGAUGAUCCUACUCCUCGAUCACAGCAUGCAGUCUCUCUCUCUCCGAAGCCUCAUCAAAUUCGAUCGGAUCGGACUAGCUAGUUUGCAGCAGCAUGCAUAAUGAUGCUUGAUGCGUACCUGAAGAGCUAGCAAAAGAGAGCUGUGUGUACAUGCAUUAAGCGUCAGGCCGGCCGGGAACAUGAGAAGCUGUGUGUGAAUCAAUGCCUUCCUGUCUCCCCCGGGCUGCAUCACUCUGUCUGAACUGAACCCUCUCUAGUGUGCGGUCUUGUGUCGCUUGACUCAUGGUGUACAUAUAGUACGUACAGAUGUGUACAGUAUAUUGCUUGAUGCCUACUAGUAGCUAGUUAAUUAGCUAGUGCGAUCAUGGAAUGAACCCACCUGCUGCCUUUUCGCGGUCUCUUUUUUAGCAGUGCGCAUCGUCGUGUCCUC